AUGGGGCAUUUUCCUUGCCCCAAGAGCAGCGGCAGCAGCAGCCGCAGCAGCAGCACAGCAGCAGCAGCAGCAGCAGCAGCAGCAGCAGCAGCAGCAGUAGCAGCAGCAGCAGCAGCCACCACAGCAGCAUACACCGCCUAUUGCUGUGGGAAGGUGGCAGCAACUAUUGCAGCAGCAGCUGUCCAAGUCACCACGGUCCCCCAUGAAGAGAGUGACUUGGAAGGAGAAGCUGCAAAGUUUGGAGCAGGGGGAGGCAUCACCUCUGCGCCGCACCACACGCAUCUCCCGGCCACCUGA